UGAACACAGGUUUCGCGGGUAGAAGGUGUGCGCAGGCGCGGACACGGGCGCAUGCGCGCUCACUCCGGCGAGCCGUGCCGGCGGGGGCGGGGAUACGCGGUGUGCGCGGCCGGGGGCGGAACGGAGGAGGAGGCGGUGGUGGCUCGGCUGCGGGGUAGGAGUCCGCGGCAGCCUCCGGGUAAGCCAAGCGCCGCGCAGUGCUGAGUUCCCGCACGCCGCGGAGCCAUGGAGAUCGGCACCGAGAUCAGCCGCAAGAUCCGGAGUGCCAUUAAGGGGAAAUUGCAAGAAUUAGGAGCCUAUGUUGAUGAAGAACUUCCUGAUUACAUUAUGGUGAUGGUGGCCAACAAGAAAAGUCAGGACCAAAUGACAGAGGAUCUGUCCCUGUUUCUAGGAAACAACACAAUUCGAUUCACCGUAUGGCUUCAUGGUGUAUUAGAUAAACUUCGCUCUGUAACGACUGAACCCUCUAGUCUAAAGUCUUCUGAUACCAACAUCUUUGAUAGUAACGUGCCUUCAAACAAGAGCAAUUUCAGUCGGGGAGAUGAGAGGAGGCAUGAAGCUGCAGUGCCACCACUUGCCAUUCCUAGCACAAGACCUGAAAAAAGAGACUCCAGAGUUUCUACGAGUUCACAGGAGUCAAAAACCACUAAUGUCAGGCAGACUUAUGAUGAUGGAGCUGCAACCCGACUAAUGUCAACAGUGAAGCCUUUGAGGGAGCCAGCACCCUCUGAAGAUGUGAUUGAUAUUAAGCCAGAACCAGAUGAUCUCAUUGAUGAAGACCUCAACUUUGUGCAGGAGAAUCCCUUAUCUCAGAAAAAACCUACAGUGACACUUACAUAUGGUUCUUCUCGCCCUUCUAUUGAAAUUUAUCGACCACCUGCAAGUAGAAAUGCAGAUAGUGGUGUUCAUUUAAACAGGUUGCAAUUUCAACAGCAGCAAAAUAGUAUUCAUGCUGCCAAGCAGCUUGAUAUGCAGAAUAGUUGGGUAUAUGAAACAGGACGUUUGUGUGAACCAGAAGUGCUUAACAGCUUAGAAGAAACGUAUAGUCCGUUCUUUAGAAACAACUCGGAGAAAAUGAGUAUGGAGGAUGAAAACUUUCGGAAGAGAAAGUUGCCUGUGGUAAGUUCAGUUGUUAAAGUGAAAAAGUUCAAUCAUGAUGGAGAAGAGGAGGAAGAAGAUGAUGAUUAUGGGUCUCGAACAGGAAGCAUCUCCAGCAGUGUGUCUGUGCCAGCAAAGCCUGAAAGGAGACCUUCUCUUCCACCUUCUAAACAAGCUAACAAGAAUCUGAUUUUGAAGGCUAUCUCUGAAGCUCAAGAAUCCGUAACAAAAACAACUAACUACUCUACAGGAACUCAACAGAGGCAAUUAUUAUCCCGACUGCAAAUCGACCCAGUAAUGGCAGAAACUCUGCAGAUGAGUCAAGAUUACUAUGACAUGGAAUCCAUGGUCCAUGCAGACACAAGAUCAUUUAUUCUGAAGAAGCCAAAGCUGUCUGAGGAAAUAGUAGUGGCACCAAACCAAGAGUCGGGGAUGAAGACUGCAGAUUCCCUUCGGGUACUUUCAGGACACCUUAUGCAGACACGAGAUCUUGUACAACCAGAUAAACCUGCAAGUCCCAAGUUUAUAGUGACGCUGGAUGGUGUCCCCAGCCCCCCAGGAUACAUGUCAGAUCAAGAGGAGGACAUGUGCUUUGAAGGAAUGAAACCCGUAAACCAAACUGCAGCCUCAAACAAGGGACUCAGAGGUCUCCUCCACCCACAGCAGUUGCACUUGCUGAGCAGGCAGCUUGAGGACCCAAAUGGUAGCUUUUCCAACGCUGAGAUGAGUGAACUGAGUGUGGCACAGAAACCAGAAAAACUUUUGGAGCGCUGCAAGUACUGGCCUGCUUGUAAAAAUGGGGAUGAGUGUGCCUACCAUCACCCCAUCUCACCCUGCAAAGCCUUCCCCAAUUGUAAAUUUGCUGAAAAAUGUUUGUUUGUUCACCCAAAUUGUAAAUAUGAUGCAAAGUGUACUAAACCAGAUUGUCCUUUCACUCAUGUGAGUAGAAGAAUUCCAGUACUGUCUCCAAAACCAGCAGUUGCACCGCCAGCACCACCUUCCAGCAGUCAGCUCUGCCGUUACUUCCCUGCUUGUAAGAAGAUGGAAUGUCCCUUCUAUCAUCCAAAACACUGUAGGUUUAACACUCAGUGUACAAGACCGGACUGCACAUUCUACCAUCCCACCAUUAAUGUUCCACCACGACAUGCCUUGAAAUGGAUUCGACCUCAAACCAGCGAAUAGCACCCAGUCCUGCCUGGCAGAAGAUCAUGCAGUUUGGAAGUUUCCAUGUACUGAUGAAAGACACUCUACAGAACUUGUCAAAUCUUUGAAACUUGGAAUAUAUUGCUUUCAUAAUAUGAAGUUUCAUUGCCUAUCUGAAGUGUCUAAUUUUUCAAGUUUGUAAGUUUAUUAAGUGAUUUUAACAUUGGGUGUUUUUGUUUUGUUUUUACUAUGAAAAGACAGCUUAAGGAAGAGCUAAAUUCUGUUAAAAUAUUGGGGCAUGCGUGUGCACUGCUGUUGUGAGGAUCGGCAUAGGAAGUUGACAUCAUGGUUAGUAAUGGUACUCAGCUUAGGGGGCUACACGGUUGCCGUGAGUGGAGAGAUGCAGUGAGGCAGUUGUCAUUCUUCUAAAAAUUGAACUGCUUUCACUUUUCCCAAAGAUUAUAUAAUGUUCAUAAUCCACCACGAAAACAGCAUUGGCCAAAGGUACUGAGGCUGCUUAAAAUAUUCAAUUCUGCUUUUUAAUUUUUAAAUGCAUUUAGUUUGAAACGGAUUAUACAGGCCUCUCAGGCUGAGUGCUACUUUGGUAAAGUUCCCAGUUUUCUUGCCUUCUGUGACAGGAUGAAUGAUGUGGGUAUGGACGGUGGAGACAGCUGGAAUGGCAGGUGCAGAAAAUAGGAACAGUUCUAUACAGUGCUCUCAUUUACUGAUAACGUAAUGCCUUCUAAAUAAAUUUUUUGGGAAACUACAUUAUCACAAAAUUAUACAAAUUUUUUUACAAGUAUUUACAUACGGUAUCCGAAAACAGACUUUAAAGUCACAAGAUUAUAAAUGUACAUAUGUAUUCUCACAUUCUGAAAAAUAACAUUCUCAGAAAUAGCUCCACAGAAAAUAUACUUAGUUACUACUGAAGAUAAUUUUUGAAAUGUAAAAAUUAGAUUGAAAUAGUAUAUUUUAAAUGACAGAACUAUGAUUACAGAGAUCAGAUAGGUAAACUGCAAGAUAGGAUGAAACUUUUGGCCUACUGUAUUACUUACAGAGCUUUUUGUGUGUGUGGUUUUUAAAACUGUUAAGGCAAGAAGUGUCAAAUGCUUUAGAGUUAAAUAACAGAUCAAUGAUUUCAAAGACUUGGUGUAUAGUGUUAAAAAUUAAAGCUUAAAAGGUGAUUAGAAAAGUGGAUUAAUGCAAAAGGGGUAAUAAAGACUGCAACACUCUCAGGACCAAAUUAACUGCUAAAAAAAAAAAAAAGUUCAUUGACUUGCUUAGUCAUAUACCCAAAUGAUAAACCUACGUGCGCAAAGGCUCAUGUUUAAGACUGUCAAGCAGGCAGUCUACUGUUGUGUUGCCAUUGCUUUUCCAUUGGGAGAAGAAAGAAUUAACCAGUCAUUAAACCAUUUGGUAAGUUGCACUUUGCUGCACUGAUCCCACAGGAAAGGCUUGAAACACGAGAAGCAGCAAGGACAGAGCACACAAGCGCAUAAGGCUGUUGUCUUCGGCUUGGGUGAAAUGACAGUUCCUCUUCAUUCUAAAAGUUUAAUCCAUUGAAUUUAAGGCAUUUAUUCAUUCCAGCAUUGAGAUGCUUUGCAUCUCUGCAGAAGAAAUUUAUUUUAAAUUGUUUAAAUUUCUGGAAAUACUUUUAGCUAUCAUUUAUAAAUGGUAAAUAGUUUCGUUCUCAGUUUCACUAUAAAGAACAAAUGGGAAACAAGGGCUUCAUUUAGUUCAGCCAUUUUACAAGGAAAUAAAAUACUAAAAUCUCAUUGUUUUUUGCUACUUAAUAGACACUGCCCAGACACACAUUUAAGAGUGUAAUCUUUCAGUUGCUAUGGCUUACAAACAAGCUAAGGUUGACCAUAAAACAUUUGUUGGAUGACUUGGUCUAAAAUGAUCACCACAAAAAGACGGAAAUGAGCACGGUUGGCGACUGGAAGCGAGGGGUACCAGAGUGCACGGUGUGCUUUGGCAUGCAUUUUAUACAUAAAACGGAACAAAAGGUGCCAGAAGUCCCAGGUUACACAAUCAGGAGCUUAGAUACUACACACAAAAAUAAUUUGCUGGGUUAAAAAAGGUAGACAUAGGGCAGAUUCUAUAUGGCCUAACAUGUUUCUUCACCUUCCCCUCGUUGCUGGCUGAUACAGCGAGGUGGUCAGGGGAUGACUACUUAGUCAAUGUGACCUUUAGUCCUGAAACUGACAGCAGCAGUGAUUAAGGCUGACUUAAUCAGGUUGGCCACUUUGAAGGACAGAAAUGCAGUGGAAACAGUUUUAUUCUAUGUAGUUUACAUGCUUAAGGUUACAGAAUUUCUACCUGCACUGUAAUGGAAAUAUAAUUCCUCUGUAGCCAAAAGCUGGCAAACUUGACCCAGAGGGAAAAUUUAAAACUACAACAGGCUCAAAUAUAGAGGAGUAUUUUUUUUUUUAUGGGCAGGUUGUUCAGGGAUUUUUUUUUUUCCCCCUUUAAUUUAUUGACUGACUGUAAAUACAUGAGUAGAAACUUAAUGGUCAUGUAUUUCAAAUUUUGGCUUAAUUUAGGAGAAUCCAUUGAUGAACGAGUACCAACUUACGUUUCAAGCUUCUUAGCCCCAUUAUCAGUCCUUCAGCCACAGCUGUUUAGAGCUUUAAAACUACCAGGUUCAAUCACUGGUUAUGCUUUCUGUGAUGUAAUUUAGUCAUUUCUAUUUUUAGUAUUAACCAAGUAGUAGACACAGAAAAUAGGUAUUAAUAAUCUUCAUAUAUCCUGUCAGACCAAAUGGGAUUCCAGGAACCUAAAGCGAUCUAUUAUGCUAUAAAGAUAAUUAACACAUUAAAAACUCAUAGGGUCAAUACAGAUCUUAAACCUCACACUUAGAAAAAUAUAUUUUUAAAUAGCAGUCUACAUAAUUUUCCAUCUUCAGGAAACUACAGAUAGGCUAGACAGCAAAUUCCUGAACUCUUGAGUACUGAUCUUUGGCAGCAUUUAAAGUGAAAAGAAAUAAGGAUCUAAGAAUUCAGCCCUAAUCCUCUAAAAAAGGAAUUCUAACUGACAAGUUUUUACAAAUGGAGUUGGGUUCAUUCAUUUUGGAAAUAAGCCUAUGGAGUGGCACACAUCUAGCUAAACAAAUUUUCCCAAUAGAAAAAAAGCUAUAAAAAUUUUAUUCCAAGAGUGAUUAAUUGUAUAAUGUUGUAUAUGUGAAUUUAACACUGUUUACAUGUUAAACAAAUGUGUGUAUAUUAGACUACAUUAAAUAUGCAAUACUCUCUUCCAGUUAAAUACUGUUGCUCCCUAAAACCCUUAAACUGUACACCAUUGGGAAUGAUUGUUCAUCGUACUACUUUUCCAUUAGUGAGGCUACAGUUACGUUUUAAAUGUUCGAUUACAGAGAUGGCGUCUGAACAUAAACUGAUGGCUUGAAAAUGAAAAUGGAAAUGUAGCAGCCAUAUACUGCUAACUUUAGAUCUGUUCCUGAAUUCAAAACUACUAGGAGAAAAGUGUCCUUUAUAAAAAAGGACUUUAUUAAUGCCUAAAAAACAUCAUAUUCUCCAGGAAAGCUUGUGUCUGUUUCCUUAGGGAAAAUGUUUGCCUUUUAAAAACUGUGAUCCUUUAGGGUGAUCAUUACUUUCCCUUUCCUUAUGGAAAUGCAAGAAUAAAAUAUUUCAUUAAA